UGGUGUUCAAGCAACAUGGUAGAAAUGUGAUGUUUUAGUAGCAACAUAUUUACACUACAAAGCGAUUUAGAAAUCGUAUCGACGAAGUCUUUUGCUCCAAAACUGUUGAAAACAGACUGAAAUACAUGGAUUAAUUUAUUGUACAAAUGCAGCUUUCUUUUUGGUUAAACUAAUGUAUAAAAACCGUCACCUGAAAUGUCCAAACCCACAGUAGCAUCACUUCAUCAAGCGCUGAGGAAAAGCUUCAAGAGUUUGGAAAACAAUCAGAAAGUAUGGAAGAGUGCGUUGGUCGAGUGCAGCCCUCUGAUGGAGUCUCUCGGGAAUUUGGCAGAGCAGUCAAGAGCGCUUUCAAACGUCCAAAUCUCCAACACACCGCUCAGAGACUUUCCUGACCUGGAGGAUCGGCUGCGUUUCAAACUCUUACAAGCCACGGACACCGUACUGGGCAAACUCAACGAGAAGAUGUCUUCUCUCCAGUCUGCCCGAGAUGCCAUCAGUAACCAGGUCUGUGCAGUCCUCCAGCUGUACGAGCAAAACACAGACAGCCUGGAUGUACUCACUGUAACUGAGCGCUCGGCCACCACCCCAUCUAUCGCUGACAUGCUGGAGUGGCUGCAGGAUGCUGAGCGUCACUAUCGGCAACAAUUUCUGAGGAGGAAAACUCUGCUUCAGAUGCUGAGAGCAGACAAUCUCUCCCUUUUGGAAUCUGCUCCCAAGAGAUGGAAAACCUUGGAGUCUCCCAGUGCAGAAGACUGCAUCACAGAUACAAUUUACAAAGUGUCCUUCUUCAUGGAGUCCCAAUGAAGAGACUGCAAAGUAACAUAAGUGAAACUCAGACCAUGAAGAGGCUGGAAGAGAAGAACCGGAUGAGAAAAACUAAACUAGCAUCACUUAAACUAAACUGACUAAACAUACAGGUGUACAUUGGAUCGAUGCUCUUGAUGCUAGGGUGAGGACUGGAUUCUUAUCUGGUCAGAUAAAAUGUCUCCAGAUCUGUUCAUGGAUGGUAUCGUAUCUACAUUCACCAGACUGUAUGUACAAAUAUGUAAAACAAGAUAAAGAGGAGGAUUUCCACAUAUCUAAGUAAACCUCUGUCCACAAAAGGACAUUAUGGCAUCAUUUGAUACUUGGUGUUGAAUCAGUGAAAAUCACUGUUCCAUUUUGUUGUCUUGUUAAUGACAAAACGAUCCAGCACACAGAAGGAGAAAGACAGGUCCAACAGACAGGAGUUAGUUAAGUACACUUUACCAAACUUAUUUUAUUUCACAAUUUUGAUCUGUCCACACUCAGUCAAGGCUUUAUGUGUCAUAUCAAGAGGUAAUGACACUGUCAAAGAAUAUCACUGCAGUCUUCACGACACAAGCCAUCAUAAAAGCCGUCUUCACAUUCAGACGUUUGUGAACGCUGUUGAUUUGACAGUAAAGGCAGAGGGCUUUCUUCAAGCACUAAUAUAAAUCACAG